AUGGAGAAACAAAGGGGCAAAGGAGUGGAACCCAACAAGGUUAAGGUAUUGACCACAAACUCACUCCAAAUAAACGAAGAUGAUGCCUCUCGCUUGGUUGGUUCCAUCGUCGAAAAGGGUAUCUCUGAUUCUCUUAACAACACCACUCUCUUCCACCCACUUCCCAAACCCACUGUCCUUCCUUUCCCUGUUGCACGCCAUCGUUCCCAUGGCCCUCAUUGGCGUCCGUUGAGGAGUAAAGGGGGUGGUGAUGAUGAUGAUGAUAGUGACUAUAAUGUUGAUGAUGAAGGAGAUAAAGAUUUCAUGGAAUUUGAAAAAAUUGCAUCCUUUGCCAAUCCAGUACAAAGGAGGAGGAAAAAGGGUUUGGAUUUUAGAAAGUGGAAAGAGAUUACUCAGGAUGAUAAUUCUUCCUUGGGAAAGCAAUUAGAAGAGGAUGUGUCAAGCUUUGGUGGAACUGCACGGAAAAAGAAGGAUGAGAAAGGUGGUAAGAAUGCAGACAAGAAAAUCUCAUCUUCUGCUGAUGAUAGUGUCUUUGCUUCUAUGAAAAUGGAUGCUAAGCUGCAGUUAGAUAACUCACAUGGAGGAUUUAUCAAUUCAGUCACUCCCAUGGAACUAGAUACGCCAAAUAAGGUAGAUCUUCAGGAAAAAGUUAAAGAUGCCAGAAUAUAUGAUGACAAGGAAGAAAAUGUAACUGCGCCUAAGUGGGACCAAAUUUGCUCUGAUAGAGUGCCUGAUUACAAUUUUGGUUCUCUAGAUGUGCUAAGGCCAGAGCAAAAUCAUUUGACUUCAAGCAUACUUUCUUGUUCUAGUUCCAAUAACAUCAGAAGUGAUCAAGAGUCCGUGUCUCUUGAGAGUGAGAUUGAUGCAGAGAAUCGAGCUCGGAUCAAGAAAAUGUCAGCUGAGGAGAUUGCGGAAGCCCAGGCUGAAAUAAUGGAGAAAAUAAGCCCUACAUUACUAAAAUUACUACAGAAGAGGGCACAGGAGAAAUUGAAGAAACAAAGUAGUUUUAAAUCAGAAGUGGGUACUGACUCUGAAUCUGUGAAUCGACAUCUUCAGAGUACUGAAGAUACUAAAAGUCUGCAUAUAGAGGAUGACAUCUUGCAUCCAGUGAUGGCAACAGAAUCCAAAAAAAUGCUAGGUGAUGAGAAAAUUAGCACAAAAACUUCAUCCACUGCAAGCAGCAGCUCAUGGAAUGCUUGGAGCAAUAGAGUUGAGGCCGUUAGGGAGUUACGAUUUUCUUUGGCUGGGGAUGUUGUUGAUACUGAGCGGGUAUCUGUGUAUGAUAAUGUCACUGAACGUGACUAUUUGCGGACUGAGGGAGAUCCUGGUGCAGCUGGUUAUACAAUUAAAGAAGCAGUGGCACUCACUAGAAGUGUGAUUCCUGGACAAAGGGCCCUUGCAUUGCAUCUCCUUUCAUCUGUGCUUGAUAAGGCAUUACACUCUAUUUGCGAAGACAGAACUGGGUAUAUGGCGAAAAGUGAGAACAAAGUCGACUGGGAGGCUGUUUGGGCUUUUGCACUUGGUCCAGAACCUGAGCUUGUAUUGUCACUCAGGAUAUGUCUUGAUGAUAACCACAGUUCUGUAGUUCUGGCCUGUGCAAAGGCUGUACAAUGUGUAUUGAGUUGUGAUGUUAAUGAGAACUACUUCGAUAUCUUGGAGAAGAUAGCAACUUGUGACAUGGAUAUUUGCACAGCUCCAGUUUUUAGGAGCAGACCAGAUAUUAAUGUUGGAUUCCUUCAGGGCGGGUUCUGGAAGUACAGUGCAAAACCUUCUAAUAUUCUUCCUUUCAGCGAGGAUUCUAUGGACAGUGAAACUGAAGGGAAACAUACAAUUCAGGAUGAUGUAGUGAUUGCUGGACAAGAUUUUACUGUUGGUCUAGUUCGCAUGGGAAUCCUUCCAAGACUUAAUUAUCUUUUGGAGACAGAUCCUACCGCAGCUUUGGAAGAAUGUAUUAUUUCUAUACUGAUUGCCAUUGUGAGGCAUUCACCCUCAUGUGCUAAUGCAGUACUGAAGUGCCAAGGACUUAUUCAAACGAUUGUGCACAAGUUUACUGUUGACAAUUUAGAAACUCGAUCUUCUAUGAUAAAAUCUGUAAUCCUCUUGAAGGUCUUAGCUCGGUCGGAUCGGAAAACUUGUUUAGAGUUUAUAAAGAAUGGGUAUUUUCAAACUAUGACAUGGAGUUUGUAUCGAUAUCCUCCUUCCAUUGACCACUGGCUAAACUCAGGGAAGGAAAAAUGUAAACUUGGGUCAGCUCUGAUUGUUGAACAAUUGCGUUUCUGGAGGGUCUGCGUUCAAUAUGGAUAUUGUGUGUCUUACUUCUCGGAAAUAUUCCCUACCUUGUGUUUUUGGUUGAAUCCACCUUCAUUUGAAAAACUCCUGGAAAACAAUGUUCUGUAUGAAUCUACUUCCAUCUCUAGGGAGGCAUAUCUUGUUCUUGAGUCUUUGGCUGGAAGACUUCCAAAUUUAUUUUCACAGCAGUGUCUAAACAAUGAACUUCCAGAGUCCAGUGGUGACACAGAGGUCUGGUCUUGGAGUUAUGUUGGUCCAAUGGUGGACUUAGCCAUAAAGUGGAUUGCAACCAGAAGUGAUCCAAGAGUAUCUAAUUUGUUUGAGGGACAGGAAGAAGGGAGAUGCGACUUUACUUUUCGAGAUCUUUCUGCAACUUCUUUGUUGUGGGUGUAUGCAGCUGCGACUCACAUGCUUUUCAGAGUGCUUGAAAGAGUGACAUUUGGGGAUACUAUCAGCCUACAGGAAACUGAUGGGCUAGUGCCAUGGCUUCCAGACUUUGUUCCUAAGAUUGGACUUGAGUUAACUAAAUAUUGGCUUUUGGGGUUUUCAGCUUCCUUUGGGACAAAAUGUGGAAGAGAUCCUGAAGGAGGUGAAUCUUUUAUGAAGGAACUAAUUUAUUUGAGGCAGAAGGGUGAUAUUGAAAUGUCAAUAGCUUCAACCUGUUGUCUAAAUGGAAUGGUCAAGAUUAUUACAACAAUUGAUAAUCUGAUACAGUCUGCCAAGACUGGCAACUGUAGUCUUCCAUGCCAUGAACAAAGUCCCUCAAAAGAAGCAAAAAUACUUGAGGAUGGCAUACUUAAUAGGUGUUUGACCGAAUUGAGGUCUAUGCUUAAUGUUUUCAUAUUUUCAGUAUCUUCAGGGUGGCACUACAUGCAGUCCAUUGAGAUAUUUGGCAGAGGAGGACCAGCUCCUGGAGCAGGAAUUGGCUGGGGUGCCUCUGGGGGAGGAUUUUGGUCAAAAAAAGUUUUAUUGGUGCAAACAGAUGCAAGAUUUCUCAUCCAUUUGCUGGAAAUUUUUCAAAAUGCAUCUAAAGAUGCUCCUAUAACAGAAGAAACAGCGUUCUCCAUGCAAAGGAUUAACACUGCCUUGGGAUUAUGUUUAACUGCAGGACCAAGGGAUAAGGAUGUUAUUGAAAAGACAUUGGAUCUCUUGUUUCAUGCCUCUGUUUUGAAGUACCUUGAUCUCUGUAUACAGAAUUUUCUACUUAAUAGGAGGGGUAAAAUCUUUAGGUGGCAACAUGAAGAAGAGGAUUACUUGCACUUCAGUAGAAUAUUAUCGUCUCAUUUUAGAAGCAGAUGGUUGUCUGUAAAGGUGAAGUUCAAAGCGGUGGAUGGCAAUAAUUCCUCUGGCCGUAAGACCUCUGCAAAGGUUAAUGCUUGUUUGGACACCAUAUAUGAGGACUCAGACAUGUCAUCGAUGACAAGUCCUUCCUAUUCGUCUUUAACAAUAGAAUGGGCUCAUCAGAAACUACCACUUCCAGUCCACUUUUACCUAAGUCCAAUUUCAACAAUUUCCCAUAGCAAGCGGGCUGGUCCUCAAAAAGUUGAUAGUGUACAUUAUCCCACUAAUUUGCUUGAAGUUGCCAAGUGUGGACUUUUCUUUGUUUUAGGUGUUGAAGCAAUGUCCAAUUUUCAAGCCACUGACAUUCCUUCUCCUAUUCAGUGUGUAUCAUUGACGUGGAAGUUACACUCCUUAUCUGUCAAUUUCCUUGUUGGAAUGGAAAUAAUUGAACAAGAUCAGGGCAGGGAAACCUUUGAAGCUUUGCAGGAUCUUUAUGGUGAGCUUCUUGACAAGGAAAGGUUUAACCGAAGUAAAGAAGUUAUUUCAGAUGAUAAAAAACAUCUUGAGUUUCUGAGAUUCCAAUCUGAGAUUCAUGAAAGUUACAUAAUAUUAAUUGAAGACCUUGUAGAGCAGUUUUCUGCUAUAUCUUAUGGUGAUAUAAUUUUUGGCCGGCAAGUUUCGCUUUACUUGCACCGUUGUGUUGAAACUUCCGUUCGACUUGCAGCCUGGAAUACAUUGUCUAAUGCUCGUGUUCUUGAGCUUUUGCCACCUUUAGAAAAAUGCUUUUCUGGAGCCGAAGGAUACCUUGAACCUACUGAGGAUGAUGAAGGGAUGUUGGCGGCUUAUACCAAGUCAUGGAUUUCUGAUGCCCUUGACAGGGCUGCGAUACGAGGAUCAAUUGCAUAUACUCUGGUUGUCCAUCAUCUUUCAGCCUUUAUAUUUCAUGCCUGUCCUGUGGAUAAGUUAUUGCUGCGGAACAGGCUUGCUAGGUCUCUCCUGCGAGAUUACGCUGGGAAACAGCGACAUGAGGGAAUGUUAUUGAACCUCAUCCACUAUAACAAACCACAAACAUCUGACACAGGUGAGCAACUGCAUGAAGAAAAGAGCUGGUUAGAUUCCAGGCUAAAAGUAUUGGUUGAGGCUUGUGAGGGAAAUUCCUCUCUUUUGACAGAAGUAAAUAAGUUAAAGUCUGUUGCAGAGAAGAGUUCAGUGUGAGGUGACCAUUAUAUAAGACACAAACAUUCGAGAUAUACAAAAAGCACAACAAAGGCCAUAUAGAUUCUGGGAAUGGAGUCUCAAAUGUAUUGACUGGAGUGUACAUGGGCACUAAUAUUUGUAUUCGUGGUGGGAAUGGAGUCUACUGUUUUGUCCAUCAAGAUUCCGGGAGCAAGUCCAAAGACAUGAAAUGUACAUAAUGAAAGGAUGAAAGGAUUGGAUUUUAAGAAAAUGAUCAAAAACACCCAUGAAUGGAAUUCUGGUAGAAGGUAAAUCAAGAUAUUACUCUCUUUGUUGGAACUUUGAAGUCAAAUGAUUGUUGGUAGAAUUUGUGCUUUACCAUAGAGUUUAUCACUGAUCAAUGAAAAGAGAAGCUCUCUGAACAAAAACAUCAACUUAGAAACGUUAAGUAUUGAUGAGAUUACAUGAAUUAGAAGCUGAGAGGGUAAUACUCCGUUGCUGGUCUUGAGUUUUUUAGGAUAAACUUUUUACUUCCUUUAUAAAAUUAAAGCUAACAGGUACAUAUGAUCUGG